AUGUACCUUCGUCUUUUGACCCUCGCACUAGCUGGUGCCGUGGCUGCAAGCCCUGUGGAUCUCCAGAAACGCCAAUUUGACUCUGGCAAUGAUCUCCGCACAGGAUCUUGCAAGGAUAUCACCUUCAUCUUUGCCCGUGGCUCUACCGAAAUUGGACUUCUCGGUGAACUAGUCGGUCCGGAGGUCUGCGCUGAUCUCCAGGCUGCAAAGCCCGGACAAGUUGCCUGCCAGGGUGUUGGUCCUAAGUACACUGCAGACCUGCCAUCUAACUUCCUGCCUGCAAACACCUCCCCCGCUGCCAUCGAGGAGGCCGAGGAUCUUUUUAAGCUUGCUGCGACGAAGUGUCCCGAUACCCAAAUCGUUGCUGGUGGAUACAGUCAAGGUACUGCUGUCAUGGAUAACUCCAUUCAGAAUCUUCCUGCCUCAGUCAUGGCGAAGGUAAAGGCUGUGGCCCUCUUUGGCUUCACUCGUAAUUUCCAGGACCAUGGUUCCAUUCCCAACUACCCUGCAGAUCAGACAAAGGUCUACUGCGCUCUGGGUGAUUUGGUUUGCGAUGACACUCUGAUCAUUACUGCAGCUCACUUGACUUAUGGGGAUGAUGCUAGCUCUGCUGCUCAGUUCCUGUUGAGCAAGGUCUCUUCCUAG